GCCCUCUUCACCCUGCGCAACCUGGGUGGCCCAGCGGCCGUGGACUGGAUCAGCCGGGCCUUCGGGGAUGGCUCUGCGCUGCUGAAGCAUGAGCUGGCCUACUGCCUGGGCCAGAUGCAGGACGAAGCCGCCAUCCCUGUGCUCAUCCGGGUGCUGGAGGACACCAGCCAGGAGCCCAUGGUCCGGCACGAGGCGGGUGAAGCCCUGGGUGCUAUCGGGAAUCCCAAUGUGCUGGAUGUCCUGAAGCGCUAUUCGGAGGAUCCUGUGGUUGAGCCUUGUCAGCUGGCCGUGAGGAGGCUGGAGUGGCUGCAGGACAACAAGCAGGAGCCAGGCCCCAGCCCCUACCUCUCCGUGGAUCCUGCUCCCCCCGCCGAGGAGACAGACGUGGCCAAACUCCGCGAAACCCUCCUGGACGAGUCGCGCCCCCUGUUCGACCGCUACCGGGCCAUGUUUGCCCUGCGAAACCUGGGGGGCCGGGCUGCUGUGCUGGCGCUGGCCGACGGUAAGGGCCAGCGGGAGGCUGCCCGCGGGCUGUACGGGUUAAUCCGGGAUUGA